AUGCCAUGCCGCGUCUGGCCCACCGCCCGCGCGCCAGCUGUCGCGCCGCGCCACCCCUUCGACCAAAACGCAGCCUCUGGUUUGCGCGCGCCGGCCUCGGCGCGUUGUUGGCGCUCGGGGCCGCCGCGGCGACGCUGCUGUGGCUGGAGGCGCCCAGGGCGCUCGCAUUGGUCGCCGGGGCUGGUGGUCACGUGGGGGGCGCGGAGGAUCGAUCAACCCGUCGGCCUUGGCUACACGAGCGCGGCCAUAGAGGGCGUCGCACCCGAAGCGCUCUGGGAAGCGAUGCUUGCCAAGACCGGGCACGGCAUCGUGGAAUACCUGCCUGUGGUUGACGUGGAGGUGGAGGAGAGCUCGGGCGCUGCACCCGGCGCUCCAUGCGGUUCGUGGGCGCCGGGCCACUGGCCGGACAGCUGCUACGCCAGCCAUAUAUACGCGGAGGAGCCCGCCGGGGAGAUACGAUUCGUCUCGCUGGACGACCAGGGACGGGAGACGGACACCGAGGUCGUCAACGCCAUGCUCCGCGACCCCCUGCGGAUCGAGUACUUCUGGGCGCCGCGUCGGCUCGCGGGAGCGGGUCCACUGGCCCGCGCCGAGGUCGCGCACCGUGGCCGCCGUCGCGCGAACGGUUGCCUUGGCUCGCGCCGCGUCGGCCAAAAUUCUGAGCCUCGAGGAGCGGGGCCCCACAAGGGUUAUGAUGUUCCAACCUACAGAUCGUAUUGGGCGGGAUGGCCUUGA